AUGGCUCACGUCAGGCAACUAAUGGCCGAGUUGUUGGUGCGAACCGAAAUGAACGAGUGGGCUGCGCAUCAGGAGCUCCAACAACUGGAAAAUCAACUUGAUGUUUGCUCGGCUGCUGCUUGGCUAGCUAUCACUGAGAGGAAUAGACUCAGGGAUCGCUUGGCGAUUCUGUCGAAAUACCCGCUUGUGGAGCCGUGCCGACGCGGUAGGCAAUCUCCAUCUAGAAGAGGUUGUCAACUCAAGAAACCGGAGGAAGAAUGCAAGCAGUGUGGAACUGUAAAGCAGUCGUCGCGUCAAACUGUAUCGGAUGGUUCCGUUGUCACCAUAUCCACAGAAAAGCAGGUCAAAGUUGAAGAGGGAUCCACAGGGAGUCCAGGAACUUCAGAAACGCGGCGCGAGCUUCUGCUUCCGAUGAACAUCAUGACCACGAUCCAGAAAGUGCUUCAGGAUUCUCUUGGAAUCGACGUGGCGUUUGAGAGCGACAUGCCGCAAUGA